GCAUCCGCAUCGCUAUUCCCAUGAUGCGACAACAAGUGCUCCUCCUGCAGCCAGGAUCAGGCGAAAUCAGCAGCGAUUGCAGCAGCUACAACAGGCACAGGAUGGCAAUGACAUUGUGCUUGAUAUUGGCAAUGGUGGCAACACCUAUCAUCAUCAUCAUCACUUGCGUCAUGAGCAACAUCUGCGUGCCGAGUUGGCGGGCAAUGACAACAGGCAACCACCGGCGGUUGUGAAGCAACCCACGCAGUUGGAACUGGAGCAGUUGGCAAUGUUGCCAGGUCCUGGCCAACAACAUCAUCUGCGUCAUCACAAUCGUCAUCAUGCUGCCUGGGAGCAACGCGUCUUUCCCGCAUUGCGUCAUCAGCAACAUCGCUUGUCUCCACCGCUACCAAAACCGACAACAACAAUAGCACCGACCAUAGCAACAGCCUUGCCAGCAACAUUUAACUCCAGUGUAACGGAUGCUCCGCAUCUUCAUCCGUUGUCCAAUUCAAGCAGAUACUUUGAUCGUGAUGGCAUUUAUGCUGCCUGGAUGCAACCACGUUCCACACGUGCUCCCAACUGGCAAGAGCUCGUUGACAGCUAUGAAGAUGACGACGGCGAGGAUGACGAUGAAGAUGCUGACGAUGAAGAUGAGGAUUACGAGGAUGACGUUGAUGAGGCAGCUGCUGCCGAAUUGGCCAAACAAAUGCCACGCUACUCGCUCUUCAGUCAAAAGCUGCCCACAAUUAGCUCCAAUGAUAAGGAUUACGAUGCCUACGAUCAAUUGGAUGCGGAAUCCACAGCAAGCAACAACAAUAACAAACAUCCAAGUGUAUCGGCUGGACAUUCCAAGGCAGCUGCCAAACGCAACGUCUUUGAUUGGCUCUUCAAGCGCGACAAGGAGAAACCUGCAACACUGGUCAAGAUUCAGCCAAAAGUGGAGGUAACCACAGAGAAGCCCAAAAGCUUAUUGGAUGACAGUUUGGCCGAUGAGGAGGAUAACGAUGAAGGUAACGUCGACGCCUUCUCCAAUGAGCAAUGGAAUAAAAUUGAGCAUGAGCAUCAUUUGAAACAACAGAAGCAUCAAAAGGAGUUGCAAGCAUUGCGCGACAAAAACAAAAAUACUCCGCUGAUAAGAGGAGGAUUGAGACGAGGCGGCAUUGAUAAUGAGGUAAGUGCAGCCGAGAAGUUGGUGUUGCUGGAAGACACCAAUGGGCAUGACACAGACAACAAUUAUGCACGCAACUAUAUCCCCGGUAAGUUUACGGAUCUGAAGAACAAACAGCUGGGAACUCCGGAGGCGGUGAUAAAUACACGUCGCCAGCACGACCCAAAUUAUGCUCUGGCAACUGCCCAUUGGAAGCAGGUUACGAAGGAGGCAGUCUGCCGCGUGCCACAAAAGCGUUGUGUGCGCGUCGAGAACGAUCCUUCCAAGCUCUACACGCCCCACUGCGUCCAGUUGCAUCGUUGUGCCGAGGACAGUGGCUGUUGUCACAGUCGAACCGAUAUCUGUGCACCCAAAGAAAUCCAAGAAGUUGUCAAAGUAUUCCAUGUUAAAAGUCCAAAAAGCCGCCAUUCUGUUACCGAGAACCUGACCUUUGUCAAUCACACUGAAUGCCACUGUAUUGAUCGCAGUAAUUUUAAUGCGGAAGCCGUGAUCACCGCCGUGGAGGUGAAGCAAGCCACCAUACUCAGCUGCAAUUGUCCCAGACUCUUUGAGAAGAUACUACAGAAUGAUGGACAAUGUCGCUGUGAUUGCUCCUCAAGUAAUUAUCACUGCGAUUUCCUAAAACGCGGCAGCGAACACUUCUCAAUGAACGAUCGCAAAUGCAUCCAUCAGGGAAACUGCAAGCCGCCCACCUGCCAAUUUGGCACCUAUAUGGAGAAACAUGGACGCUGCCCUAAUCAACAUGAACAGGUGUCACAUCCAUCGAGCUAUAAUGCUCUCAACAUGUCGUAAAUGGUCACUGGACGUAACCAGACCUAAGUAUUAGUGUAAGAUCUGUUAUACAAAAAAUACGAGCCAGGUGAAAUGAACUUUCAACCGAACCAUUUGAGAAACCAAAGUGAAUUUUAAGUUUUUGGUUCGUUUCCAGGCGAGAAGUAAAUGGAGUGAAUUUAGUUGCAUAUCCUAUACAAUAUGAGUAGAAGAAUCUAUAUCCGCUGUUCGCAAACUCUUUUACAACAGAUUCUUUUGCUCUUUUUCUCAACAGAUCAUCUAUCUUAACUAGCUGUAAAAA